AAUCGAAACUCCCCCCUCCGAACUUUGACAGGAAGAGUUUGUAACUCGUCUUGGUUUUGCCUGACGGGCUUUUUUUCACUCCCCUCUCUUUCCACUGCGUGAAAUAAUGCAGAGCAACGCUUACGGAGCCUCCCUGGCCGGCGGGGCCUUUGACGUGGGGAGCUUUGUGAAGAAGCCGCAGACGGUCCUGCGCUUCCUGAGCUGGGUGUUUUCCAUUGUGGUUUUCGCAAGUAUUACAGCCGAAGGGUACAUUAACCCAGAAACACAAGGAAAUGCAGAGUGCAUGUUCAACAAAAACGACAGUGCGUGCAGUUACGCGGUGGGCAUCGGGAUCCUGGCCUUCUUGGGCUGUUUCAUCUUCCUGCUGCUGGACGCCUACUUCCCGAACAUCAGCAAUGCCAAGGAGAGAAAAUACAUCGUCAUCGGAGAUCUGGCCUUCUCAGCGGCGUGGACAUUCCUGUGGUUCAUCUGCUUCUGUGUCCUGGCCAACCAGUGGUCCAAAACCACCAUGACGCAUGUCGUGGCUGACGCUGCCAGGGCCGUGAUCGCCUUCUCUUUCUUCUCGAUCGUCACCUGGGCCCUUUUGUCCUACUUUGCACUCGGAAGAUAUCGCCAAGGAGUGAGCGAGUUUAACCAGGAAUACACGGACCCCGCGCAGGACCACACUUCCCCGUACCCACCUCCCCAGUCGAGCUACCAGCAGGGCCCUUUCACCAGCACCCAGGGGCAGCAGGGAGAGUAUCAGCCUCCGACUUACUAAAGGACUGAGAUUUACUCACAUGAAUCCUGAUGGGAGAGGGUUUCUUCUUAAAAUAAAACGAAAAGAAAAAAAAACAAACGUGUGUACCAAUGGUUUGGUUUGAAAUCGGGGCUGUCCCGAUUUUUUCUUGCAUAUUUUUGGGCACUGACUUUUAGUUUUUGAUUGCACGCUUGUUCAAUAGAUGUUUUUGUUGUGAUGUUUGACAAAAAGGAAAUCUGGAGAGAUUUCUUUCUUUUUCUUCAUCAGAAGUGAUUAUUU